AAAAAAGGGAAAACAGUCAUGAGUGAGGAUGGUGCAGCAGCGACAACUAGCAACAAGACGGCCGAAACGAUGAACCAGCAGGAUAAGCGUAAGCACAAAGUGAUCAUUGUCGGUGCCGGCAUGGCCGGACUCUCGUCCGCGAACCACCUGGUGAAGAAUGGUUGCACGGAUUUUCUCAUCCUUGAAGGGCGCAACCGUGUCGGUGGUCGCAUCGUUUCGAUCGAUAUGGGAUCGCAAAAGAUCGAGCUCGGUGCUAACUGGAUCCAUGGUGUCCUUGGCAACCCAAUGUUCGAGCUAGCAAUGCAGCACGGACUGAUCAGCAUUAUCAACAUACCAAAGCCACACAAGGUGGUAGCAGCGACGGAAGAUGGCAAACAGGUUCCGUUUCAGAUAUUGCAGGAAAUUUACGAAGCGUAUGUGUGCUUUCUACGCCGCUGUGAGGAAUACUUCCUGUGUCAAUAUCUGCCACCACCAGACAUUCAUAGUGUCGGCGAACACAUCAACCUCGAGGUAGAACUGUACCUUAACGGUGUCGACUGCCAGAAGGAGAAACAUCUGCGGAAGCUUAUCUUUGACUGUUUGCUAAAGCGCGAAACAUGCAUCACCGGGUGCCAUAGUAUGGACGAGAUUGAUCUGCUCGAGCUUGGCAGCUACACGGAGCUACAGGGCGGCAACAUUGUGCUACCGUCCGGGUAUAGCUCCAUCCUGAAACCUCUGUGUGACAAUCUGCCAAACGAAAACGUUGUACUGUCGUGUCCGGUACGGCGCAUACACUGGAAGCGAAAAGCGGCCCUACGAGCGGCCAGCAGUGCUGCUGCGGCGAGCGGUGCUAGUGAUACGAUCCUGGAAGAGGAUGAAGAUGAUGGGAAUGAGUCGGAUGAUUCGGACCGUACCGUGACGGAGGUACCGAUCGGUGGCGAUGGACCGGACACGGCCGACGAGCAGAAAGCAGGUGAAGUGGCAAAAAUUCUCAAAUCAUCCACCGCAAACGUGGUGGUGGAGUGUGAGAAUGGAACCGUUUAUGAGGCGGAUCAUGUGAUUUGUACCCUUCCGCUGGGGGUGCUAAAAGAGCAGAGCGAAACAUUGUUUGUGCCUGCAUUGCCUCAGUACAAGAUCGAAUCGAUCGAUAGUUUGUUGUUUGGCACGGUGGACAAGAUAUUUCUCGAGUACGAUCGUCCGUUUCUGAAUGCGACCAUCAGUGAAAUAAUGCUACUGUGGGACGGACAGGAUGGUGGGGAAGUGCCCGAUGAAACGCAGGAACCGGACGGCCAGUGGUUGAAGGACAAUUGGUACAAAAAGAUAUACUCCUUCUCGAAGGUUUCCGAUACGCUGCUGCUCGGUUGGAUAUCGGGCCGGGAAGCGGAAUACAUGGAGACGCUAUCGCACGAAAUUGUGGCAGAACGCUGUACGGAGAUAUUGCGCCAGUUCCUGAAGGACCCGUUCGUACCGAAACCGAAACGAUGCGUUUGCACUAGCUGGCGUAAGCAACCGUUCAGUCGUGGUUCGUACACGGCCAUUGCCGUUGGUGCCUCGCAGGAUGAUAUCGACAACAUUGCCCAACCGCUCUAUUCGAGUCCACAUCAAUCGAAGCCCUCGGUACUGUUCGCCGGUGAGCAUACGCAUGCGAAUUUCUACUCGACGGUGCACGGUGCCUAUCUGAGCGGUCGAACCGCGGCCCAGAUCCUGCUGACGCCCGACUCUCCGCAGGAGAUUGUGAUGGAAUCAGACAGCAGCGAUCUCAGCUCGUGGAUUCAGGGCAUAGCGCUUGAUUAGUUCGUAUGGCGGCGCGCGCCCAUUCCCCACCGGC